GGCGGGAGGAGAGAGGCGGCUCGGCUCCGGCUCCGCGCUCGGCUCGGCUUUGGCUCGGGCUCUCGCUCUGCUGUUACCUGCUGCCCAAACAUUCCGCUCUUGCUCCAGAUUGCCGGGUGGGCCCUAGACCCUUGGCGCCGGCCUCAGUCUAAGCCCCAGCCCUGACACUCUCGGCCCCAGCCCCGACAGCGCUCUACACCGCCAGGGGGCGCCGUGUGAGCGCCCGGCCCGGGGCACCCGGCGCCCCCUCCCAGGCGGGACGGGAGGGGGGCGCCGGGGGCCAUGCGGGGCCAGGGCCGCAAGGAGAGUUUGUCCGAUUCCCGAGACCUGGACGGCUCCUACGACCAGCUCACGGGCCACCCUCCAGGGCCCACUAAAAAAGCGCUGAAGCAGCGGUUCCUCAAGCUGCUGCCCUGCUGCGGGCCCCAAGCCCUGCCCUCAGUCAGUGAAAUUGGCCGGGUCUUCUGCUUUCUCGGUGACAGUUCGCUCCCUGCAGCAUUAGCCGCCCCAGCCUCCCUCCGCCCCCACAGACCCCGCCCGCUGGACCCAGACAGCGUGGAGGAUGACUUUGAACUGUCCACCGUGUGUCACCGACCCGAGGGUCUGGAGCAGCUGCAGGAGCAAACCAAGUUCACGCGCAAGGAGCUGCAGGUCCUGUACCGGGGCUUCAAGAACGAAUGUCCCAGUGGAAUUGUCAAUGAGGAGAACUUCAAGCAGAUUUACUCCCAGUUCUUUCCUCAAGGAGAUUCCAGCACCUAUGCCACUUUUCUCUUCAAUGCCUUUGACACCAACCAUGAUGGUUCAGUCAGUUUUGAGGAUUUUGUGGCUGGUUUGUCGGUGAUUCUUCGAGGAACCAUAGAUGACAGGCUGAACUGGGCCUUCAACCUCUAUGACCUCAACAAGGAUGGCUGCAUCACCAAGGAGGAAAUGCUUGACAUCAUGAAAUCCAUCUAUGACAUGAUGGGCAAGUACACGUAUCCUGCACUCCGGGAGGAGGCCCCAAGGGAACAUGUGGAGAACUUCUUCCAGAAAAUGGACAGGAACAAGGAUGGCGUGGUGACCAUUGAGGAGUUCAUUGAGUCUUGUCAAAAGGACGAGAACAUCAUGAAGUCCAUGCAGCUCUUUGACAAUGUCAUCUAGUUCCCCAAGAGAGAGGGUCAAUGUGUCCUGGGGGGACCAUGCUCUACCCCUAGUCCAAGUGGACUUCACCCUUCUCUUCCCAGGUCUGUCCCCAUCUCAGCCCUGCCCUGGAGGCUGUAGGAUUCCAACAGUCUGGGGAUUCAGUAGUCCAGAUUCCUGGAGCUGAGGGAGUCAGGGAAUGGGCAGAGUGCAUCUUGGGUGGGGGGUGCUCCCCAGUGUCCAGAACUCUCCAAAGCUCCCACCUCUUUCCUGUCUGACACCCAUAUGCUAAGGGUGCCCUUGCUGUAGGAAUUAAGUGGUCCCCACAGAUUCCACCCCCCACUCUAGAAACCACACUAGACAGAAUGUCUCCUGCUAUGGUGCUCUCCCCGUCCCUGAUCUCACAAACAUUUCCCCCAAAACUCCCUCAGAGAGAAUGCUCUAUCCUUGGCAUUGGUUGGCCUUUUAGACCAGCCUUUGAGAGCUCUGUGGGAGGGGGACAAGAAUGUAGAGGGUGGAGUCUUGGGCCUAAGCCCAGGCUUGGGUCCCAGGAGGGGCUGGAGGUGAAGGCAGAAAGGCCUGGACAGAUUGUCAGUGAUAGCUUGGCAUGCCAGGUCAUGGACCCAUAUUACACAGGCCUGUUACCCAGGGGCAUCAGAAUAUGAGUUUCCAGGCUCCUCAAAAGACCCUUUCUUUUUAAAAGUACACCAGAAAUUUUCCAUGCCUUCCUCAGAAUAGGAGAACCGAGAAUCCCGAUGUCUGGCUUAUCCAGAUGUCUGGCUCAUCUCUGGAGUUCUUUUUUCUCCCUCCUUUCUGCUUGUACGGUGGUGGAGGGAGCAGGGGAAUUUGAGUGGGGAAAUAUCCUAGUUGAUGCCUGCCAACAUUUCAGCCUACCCUCUCUUCUCAUCACCCAUUUUGGUGGCUCUGAUUUGAGUUUUCAUUUGCCACUAGUCUAGACAUGGAGGAAUCAAGUGAGUCAGGGACUUCCUGAAUUUGGGGUCCCAUUACUCCCCCCAAGUGACUGCCUUAGAAGGAACCCAGGUAUGGGGGCAUUUAUUAGAAUCUUCGAUCAACCCAGGCUCCACCGCAGCCCCUCACAUAGCCACCUCAUUUCCCACUUAGGGUCCCCUCUUGCCCUACCCAAUCUACCCAGAGAUGCCCCUGAGCACACCUAGAGGGCAAGGACCAUAGGACCCAAGACCCACCUGUCAGCACCCUUGCCAUCCUGUCACUUCCUCAUAUACCUGCUUGUCCCAUUCAGCACCCCCUCCUAGCCAGUCAGGGUCUGAGGGGAAGGGCCCCCAGGAAGCCCCUUUCCCAUCAGAAUAACUUUGACUGCUUUGCAUUUUUGGCUCUUCUGUAUAUUUUAUAAAAUAAAUAUUCUGGAUCCAAUAAAACCCACAAUGGCUAUGCA